GUGAUGCCAGAGUGUCACCAAAAAAAGAUUUUUACUUAAUUUGGUCACUAAAACACUGAGAUUACAGUUGUGAUAGUAAUAUGUAUGCCAUGGAUUAGAGUCUUAUAGUAAUAUAACUUCACAUCGCAUAUGAAUUAAAUGUUUUCAAAUGAGAGGGAGAGCUGUGAAACAACUCUUUUCUUGGUUUUCAUUGAAUAUCAGCGAUAAUAGCGUAAUAGUGUUGGAAGUGAUUGUGUGGGCGAUAAUCAAAUAAUAAUCAUAAAGAAGUCAUUUGUGACUUUUUUUUUGUCUUUAUAUGGAAUGAAUACGAAAUCUAAAUGUAAAGGUAAUCAACAAAUGACCGUCACUUCCAUCACAUCGCACACACCUAAGAGUCCUUACCUGCAAAACAUCGAUAAACAAGUGUUUGAUCUGAAACGUCAACAACAUUUGUUAACUAAUUCAACAAACGUGUCGUCACCGCCACCGAAAAACUUCAAAUAUGGUCAACAACAACGGCCAGACCAGUCUUCUUCAAUAAUUCUUCGUCAAAAACUUCUUCACCGCAACAAAAAUGGCUCAAUUGUUGGCGUUUCGGGAAAUACAUUGAAAAACCGACGAAGUUAUAGUCGUUCGCAUAAUAAUGGCUUUAAGUUUCAUAACUUUGUUGUGAAUGAAGACAAGAGGUCGUGUCUUGAGGAACAACACGGAACCAAAAAGAUAACUGUUUCUCAUUGGAAACGACCGAACAAUACCAUUGUAAGCACCAAUGAUAGCGAUACUCAGCAAACCAUCACUCAAUCUAAUCCGUCCUCUCAUUCAAUACUUGAAACACUUUUGGCGCCCAACUCUUCAAAUGACAUAAGCAAUCAAGUAUUAGUUGAAGACAAACAACGAUUAAGCAAAAGAAAACCAUUACAUGUGAGAAGAGUUCUUCGACAACAUCAACGCACCCAUAAUAUGUCAAUUGAUUUACCAAAACCUCGAGUUUGUGAACCACAAGUCGAACCAUUAGAUCUUUCAUUCAAAAAGAUUAACUUUAGUGAAACACUUGAUGACGAAGAUUCCGACUCUAGAGACAAUUGUUUAGACUAUUUGCCAUCAAAUGAUAAUUUCAUACAAACUAUUUGUAACAAUGAUUACUAUCCGGAAUCAGAAUCGGUUCAAAACCUAAUCAAUUCAGUGAAUCAAUCGGCAGCUCAGGCAUCGGCUAUCAUUGCAUCCGUCAAGUGUCCCAUUGUUGGCAACAGUUUGGCAUCCAAUGUCAUCGGCAGUCAUACAUGCAAUGACUCAUCCAUUAGUGAUAAGAAGUGCCAAAAUAAUUCAGUCAAUUGUGUUGUGGCGUCAAAACAGAUGAAACAAAGACAAACUCACAGAAGUAUUAUUAAAAAACAAUUAGAAGAGACGUUCAAACAAAAUGGAUUUCUUGUUAAGACAAAACAAGUGAGUGAUGCCAACAACUCAGCCAUGUUUUGCAAGUUUCGUCAGUUACGCAAAUAUACCCGAUAUUACCUCAAGUCAUGGCACCAUCACUUACCCGAUGAGGUCAACAAAUUAUGGAAAGGAUUUUUGCCACCGAAGACUGAAAAGCCUAAUUCUAGUCAUUAAUACAAUUAAUUAGUG